AUGGAAGAUACUGAGCAGUGUGUGGGUGGAGAUGAUGUCAUAUGCUGGAAAUCAUUGCACUGCGACUUCCCAUGUUCGACAAUUAACCAAAGGUGGAGAGCUUGUUACUUUUGUUUGGAUAUUGAUGAAAAUGCGCGUUAUUUGCUAUACCCCGAUGAGUCUUUCCCUGCAAACCCUGUUGAAGAACUUGAUUGCCCAUUUAAAGGCAUAAAGCGUUUAGCUAAUAUAGUGGAUUCUUGUAAUGGGGUCUUUUGUCUAUCUUAUGAUGUUUAUGGCAAAUACACUGAGAGAGCUGCUUUAUGGAAUCCUAGUGUUAGAAAGAUCGUUAACAUUCCUUGUCCUAUUUUUACGUUUACCUCAUAUGGACCCUAUAUACCCUCACUUGGGUUUGGCUUUGAUUCCACUACUGAUGAUUAUAAGCUUGUGAGAAUAGUGCGCUCGCAUUUUAACUUUGGUGAGAUUCGGCCUUUUGUUGAGAUUUACAGUUUGAGAAGUAGGGGUUGGAGAAAGGUUGAUAAUAAUCUGAAAUAUGUCAUCACUGCGCGCUCAACUUCUGCUUUUCUGAAUGGACCUUGUCAUUGGGUUGCCGCUAAGCGAGGUUAUGGGCAUGGUGUAUGCGAUGCGAUUGUGUCGUUUUCCUUGGGAGAAGAGGUGUUUGGAGAAAUGGAGGUACCAGAUUGUUUGGUUAAGAAAUACCAGUUUGUGGAUGUUGCAGUUUUUGAUGGAUCACUUCUGCUGGCUGCAUCUUUUAAAUUUUCUGGGGAAGGCUGUUUUACAGUUUGGAUGAUGAAAGAAUAUGGUGUUCCAGGAUCUUGGACCAAGCUUUUCGAUAUUCCUGAUUUUGAAUCACAUUUGAAAUGGAUACGAAAGUUAGUUGCAUUUAGGCAAAGUGGUAAGGUUCUAUUGGCAAAAUUAUUUGGACAGCUAGUUUUCUAUGAUCCAAAGACAGAAGAAAUCUUUGAUACAAAAAUUUGGGGCAAUGCACACUUCUUUUAUUUGGAUACUUUUGUGGAGAGUCUUGUUUUACUCAAUGAAACAGAUGAAUUUACAGAAGUGGAAGCUUCUGAGGAUAAUGGCACAAGUGAAAUCUUGGAGGAGGUUCCUUCUAGUUCUAAUUCAUAG